AUGUCUGACGUACUCGUAUACUCCGGACCAGGGGUCUCCACCUCGGCCCUCCACCACACGCUCAGAACCCUCCGCACCCUUCUCUCCACCUACGACGUCAAAACAGUCGAUGCCCGAACCCUCGCCCUCGACCCGUGGCAGAACGGCACAGCCCUCGUAGUCCUCCCUGGCGGCCGAGACCUCCCUUAUGUCUCUGAAUUAGCUCGACCGUACACUCGCUCCACUGAAGGCGCAUCGUCUUCGUCCUCCAUAGGCUCGGAACGCACAGCCUGCCGCGAGAUCAGAUCGUUCGUCGAGUCGGGUGGAAACUUCCUGGGCAUCUGUGCAGGCGCAUACUAUGCUUCGAGCCACUGUGCGUUCGAAAAGGGCACAGGAAUGGAGGUGGAUGGCGAAAGACCGUUUCUGAAGUUCUUCCCGGGUACGUGCCAGGGUACGGUCUAUCCUGGAUUUGUGUAUGAAUCGGACAAGGGCGCAAGGAUUGUUGAUAUCGAACGCACGAUCGGGUCUGGCGGGGAAAAGGAUCAGUGGAGAUGUCACUACAAUGGAGGUGGAGCAUUCAUAGAUGCUGACAGAUAUCAGGGCCAAGGAGUGGAGGUGCUUGCUCGAUAUGUUGCUAUUCAACCAGACGAACUGCAUCUGGAUAUCGACCUCAACGCUUCGAGCAGGGCUCAGCGUCGAACAGACUAUUCGGGACAGGCGGCUGUAGUGAUGUUAAGUGUUGGAUUGGGCAAGGCACUGUUGUUCGGAACACAUCCCGAGUUUCCUCUUGUGCUAACGUCCACUCCAGUAUUGCAGGCGGAGAACAGCCAAGAACAGAAUAACAAGGAGGAGCGAGACCAACAGCUGCGGGUCCACGAACAGCGAAGGCUGCAGUGGAUGCACGAGCUCUUCACUCAUCGACUUGGACUGCGGUCGGAGCUUCCGCUGUGGGCGCUGCCUUCCGCCAGCGCUGCUGCUGCAACAGCAAUCAAUUUAAGUGCGAUAGGUACGGCUAUCGAAACUGAAGAGCCUAAGCUGCUGCCCAUCUACCUCGCCUCCUUCGGCGAUGAUAACGAUUCGAACAAGAUCGUCGACGAGAUCCUGCAAAAGCUUGCGGCAGACAAGUCGUCUGGAUCUGUCUCGCAUCUGCAAGGCUUUGAGAACUGCGAUGCUCUCCAGACUGCAAACAUCGCCAGCAUCAAAGAUUCAAACGACGCGAUGCAUUUCUCCAUCGCCGACGCGAAAAGCACCCGCGAAGCACAAGCGCUUUGCACUUCAGCAGACUACGACGCAUUCUCAAAACCCAUCAUUCCGACUACCACCGAUGCAGCACCAGAAGAAUCAACCCCUGACAAAGAGGUAGACCUAGACUCAGUCCCCAAAUACAUCCUCGCCUGCAAAAAGACGCGCCCAACCACCGACAUCUUGCCCUAUUGGAACAUCGACGAGUACGAAAAGCAUCUCACUCACUUCCGCAAUAUCAACCUUCAAAACGAGCAGAACAAAGUUCCUGGCCACUGGUCUACCUGGCGUCCACCAUAUGACCCUUUCAACCCGUUCGGCUCUUCCUCUUCCACCACUGGGUCUAGUGCAGCAGUGAGGUUCGGUACGCCAAUGCUGUACACCCAAAUGGUAACCUCAACCCAGACAAUGCUGGAUAAGAACUUCAGAUUGCUUUCAGCUUUGCCGGUGGGAACAACUUUCUUCGCGACGCAACAGAUGAGUGGUCGUGGACGUGGUGGUAAUCGCUGGAUUUCUCCUAAGGGAUGCUUGCAAUUUUCAGCGGUGUUCAGAGUACCUGUUUCGAUGGCUAGCAAGACUGUUUUCCUCCAAUACCUCUCCGGGUUGGCGGUGGUGGAAGGUAUCAGGCUCGCUCUCGGAGACUCUGAUGCAGGGAAGAGGGUGGCAGGUAAAGUCCGAAUCAAGUGGCCGAACGAUAUCUAUGCCGAGAUCCCAACCGUCGGCUCCACGGCAGGAGGGGAACGAGCCAAAACGGCCACUUUCGAACUGGACGGCAAACGCUACGCCAAGCUCGGCGGCAUCCUCGUCAACUCUCAAUUCAGCGGUGGCAACGAAUUGGUUCUGAUCUCUGGUUGCGGUGUGAAUUGUCUCAACCCUCGCCCAAGCACUUCGGUCUCUGAUCUCAUCUCCAUUCACAACACUGCUCACCCAGAAGCAGCACUGGAACCGAUCACGCAGGAGAAGCUAGCUGGUGCGAUACUGUCCACCUUUGACUCGAUCUGGAAAACCUUGAUGGAGCACAGUGGAGACUUUAGGCCUUUUGUUGAGCGGUAUAGGGAGAUCUGGCUGCAUAGCGAUCAGGAAACGACUCUCACUCAGGAUGCGAUUAGAACUACAGGGAGCGGGGAGGAGAGCGUGAGGAUUGUGGGUAUUUCUUCGGACUAUGGAUUGUUGCAGGCUGUGCCUAGGACGUCUAGUGUAAGGUCGAGUGAUGGGAAGGCUUGGGGAGGGUCCGAGGAUGCAAAGAGGAAUGGGAUUAUUCAAUUGCAACCUGAUGGAAACUCGUUUGAUAUGCUGCAGAAUCUGGUUAAGAGAAAGGUCUGA